AUGUCACAGCCAGCAGACCAGGCUUUGGACUACACCCUCAAGACGUAUGCUUUCGGGCUGCUUCCGCAGAGGUCUUCCCAGAGCGACCUAUGCAAGGAGGACAUGCAGGGCUUAGAAGACUGGAGCCACUGGAGCUGCGUGCCGACCCCGACCGAGAUCCCGGGUGCGCCUGGAUUCACCACGCUUGCUGGAGGAGAAGAUGGCUGCCUUGGCAUCACUCCCGAGGGCGAUGUGCACCGCUGGGUGGCUGCCAGCAACACUGGCAAAGUGGCACGUGGCUUUGCGAUGGAAUGGUCGCUGACGGUGUUGAAGGACGAGGCUGGACAGAAGCUGCAGCUGCGCGAUGUAGCUUUGGGUUUUGGCCACGGCAGGACAGGUGGCAGCCGCAUCGCUGCCAUCGCGCUCAUGGACAGCGGCGACGUGUUUUCGUCGCAGGCGUGGUAUGCGGACGGCGGCGACGGUUCCGAGGGCAGUCGCCCCCUCGCAUGCCCAGAUUGGAGGCAGAGGCCAGGUCUCCAUGCGACCCUGGUUGUGUCUGUCGCUUGCGGUGGCGGCUUUUGUGCUGCACUGACCGCGCGAGGGGAGCUGCUAGCCUGGGGCGAGUCCGACUGCGGCGCGCUGGGCCUUGGCGAUGUGCAGCGGGCAGAAGAGCCCUCACUGGUGCAGGGAGAGCUGGCGCGGCGCCGUGUGGCAGUCGUCGCCUGCGGUGAAAGCCACAUGGUCGCCGCUAGCUUUGAUGAGGAGAGCGCCGGAGCCGUGUAUACCUGGGGCUGCGGACAGCAUGGGCGCUUGGGCUACGAGGCAACCUCGCAGUCCCUGCCCCAUGCCGUGCCGUGGUUGACCGAGGAGCUGGGAGAUGUCCUGUCUGCCCGAUUGGGCCAGAAGACACAGGAAGCAGGCCCAGCGCUCCGAGCCUCACCACCACCACGGCCCUCCAGAAGGUUGCCGCAGCGCAUCACGCAAGCGAGCUGUGGCCUUCGUCACACUGCUCUUAUUUGCCAGGGUGGCCUUGUAUGCUUCGGUGCGGACGACUAUGGACAGUUGGGUCGAGCGGGUGAGGAAGAGAUGAGGCCAAAGCUGCCUCCUUUCGCCCACUGCCCGAAAUUGGAGGCACCGGGUGAUGUUCGAACCAAGGAGGCUUGCGCCCGUCGCAUUUCCUGCGGACCUUUGCAUACAGCAGCUGUCUGCUCGCAGGGGCGUGUGCACGUUUGGGGUAUCGACCUGCGCCAGACAAAGGACCUUGCGAAGGCGCCCCGAAGUGGACCUCAACCAGUUCUGGAAUUUGGUCCGGAAAGGCCAGUCGUCGCCCUCGCAUGCGGUGCCCACUUCAUUGUUUGCUCAGCUGAGGUAGCGCUACCCCGGCUGGACCCCGAAAGAAGCUGCGUGUCGCAGGAGGACCUCCUCCUGGGUUACUGUGCAGACACCAAUGCAGGUGCAGGCGUUGGCUCCUUGACAUCCUGGAGGCCCGCCCAUCUUCCACCAAAGGCGGAGGAGGAGUCUGAGCAUCAUCGCAACCUGGUGCGCGCCCUGGAGCGCAACGUCCAGAGGCGGCUUGUUCAAGAGCAGCGUGAGGAGCAGCAGCGACGACAACGAGAGGAACGUCGAGAGCAACGGCUGAAGGAGCACACUGACAUUUGGCUGCACGAGCUUCUUCCGGGCUUUGUUCCAGGCAUGGAGCCAUCACAGCGCAUGCAACGCCUCUGGCGCCAGGGACUACCCCCACGCGUCCGUGAGGUGAUUUGGCCGGUCGCAAUUGGAAACGUGCUGCGAAUAACACCAGAGCUUUUCGAGAUCCACAAGCAGCGCGCAGUGGAUGCUCGAAAGGCGCAGGAGACGGCAUCAAACGUGCUGAUUACUCUCACAGAUGCGCCUCCAACUCGUGGCCGAGAGCAGAGCACGACCUGCAUUCCUUUUGACUUGCCAAGAACUUUUCCAACAUUGGCCUUUUUCAGUGAGGGAGGUCCGCUUCAUGAAGACUGCGCCAGGAUUCUGGAGGCGUACACCUUCUACAGGCCAGAUAUUGGCUACGUGCAGGGCAUGAGCUAUUUGGCUGCGAUGCUGCUUCUCUACCUGCCUCCGUACCAGUCCUUUGUCGGCCUUUGCAACUUGUUGAACACGCCCUCGGUACUCGGGCUCUAUCGCCUUGAGCCUCGUGCAGUUGCCUGCCGGGCCCGUGUGUUCGAACAGCUGUGCUCACAGCAGCUGCCAGCAGUGUCAAGAUGCAUUCAGCAAGUGGGUCUCAUGCCUGAGAUGUUCCUCAUCGAGUGGUUCCUCACAGUGUUCGCAAAGUGCUUGACCGUGGACGUCGCUUCAGUGGUCUGGGAUCUCUUUCUCUUGGAUGGCGAGGUCGUCCUGUACUGUACAGCCAUCGCCAUCUUGCGCAUUCUGGAGUUUCAGCUGCUCCACCCAGAUGGGCGGCGUGGCAUGAACGCAGCUCAACCUGAUCUCGAGAGCUGCACACGAGUGCUGAACGAGGAGCUCCGCAAUCGCGUGAGCGAUCCUGACGAGCUACUCUGGCACAUCGCGCAGGUGCGACGAAGGGCUCCUCAGCGGAUUUUCGGCGAGAUUCGUGACAUCGAGAACAUGGAGUUCGGUAGUCAGGGAAGAGUGUCGACACGAGGUUCCAUCACAAAUGCGCUGAGAAGUGCAUCCUUCUUUGCUGCAGCCAAAGACCACAUCCUGUCUCGCCUGCUGCCCUGA